CUACGCAUUCUUGUCUGCGGAGGCUCAGUGGCCGGAACUGCCCUGACUUACUUCUUGUCUCAGUCGCUGUCCAGGUAUCCGCAAUUGCAUCUUUCCCUCGUCGUCCUCGAACGCUCGCCCGCGUUCCGCCUUGCAGGACAGAAUGUCGAUGUGCAGGAAGCAGCACUUGCCAUCGUCCGCCAGUAUCCAGGUCUGGAGGCAAAGAUCCGCAACUUUGCCACAAAGUCGAGGGGGAUCAAGAUUGUCGAUGACAAGAACACGGUCUGGGGACAAUUUGAACGCGAGCUUGCCAAGACUCCAGACGUGGGAGACGCCCGGAAAGAUAAGGGCGAUGCGGUAGAUACGGAAGAGAUAGAGGUCCCGCGAGGCCUCCUCGCACAAGUGUUCUACGAUGAGACACGAAACCUGGACACGGUCGACUACCGCUUUGGAGACUACGUCGUAGCUUGCACGGAUCAGAAAGGUGGACAGGUCGAAGUGACUCUCAAGUCGGGCACGAAAGAGGUCUACGAUCUGGUCGUCGCCGCCGACGGACUCACGUCCAAGACCAGGUCGAUCGCAUUUCCUCCCUCGACCGAGUACGAUCCGAUCAAACCGCUCGGGAUGUACUGUGCGUAUUUCUCGAUGCCUCAUUCUGAAGAGUUGGACGGGAGAUGGGCCCGUCUGUUCGGUGCAAAGGGUGGCAAGAGUGUCCUCUUGGAGCCGGACGGAAAAGGGAAGACACGAAGCGCAUUCAUCAUGAAGCCAGUCGAUGAUCAGGCGCUGAGAGAGGAGCUAGACUCGGCCUUCAAAGCGGGCAUCGAAGCUCAAAAGGCAUUGGUGUGCAGAAUCUUCAGCGAGGACAUAUGGGAGUGGCCCAGAUUACGCAAGGCGAUGAUGGAAACCGAUGACUUCUAUUUGUCAAGGCUUGCGCAGGUCAAGAUGCGCAAGUGGAGCAACGAAAGCUCGAACGUAGUGCUGCUGGGAGACGCUGCUAGCUGUCCGUCUCCUGCGACGGGAAUGGGGGCGGUGAAUGCCAUCACUGCCUCUCGCGUUCUGGCAGAACAGCUGGUGAGCCAUCAUACCGAUCUUCCAUUCGCCCUCAAGGAGUACGAGCGAGUCUAUCGCCCCUAUGCCGAAAAAGUGCAGUACAUGUUCCCUGGUCAGACAGCGCUUUUCUGUCCCAUGUCAGAGUGGACCAUCUACGCAGUCAGGGUC